UCAGUCGCUUGAUCGGCGCACUCGCAACUGCACGUACUCUGCGGAGAGAGCCGCGAAGACCGUUCGUUUGCGCGUUUCGUCGAGAACGAAGGAAACAUCGUAAAGUGACAGGACGGCGACGAGGGACCCGGCGACGUAAGGAUGGAGGCGUCGGGACGAAUCUAGGAUCUCAUCCGGACACGGACGUCCCGCGAAAUGUGAUCCCUCGACGCUCUCGGCAUCCCCCUCCUUACUCCGGCGCCAUCUUCCUCCUUCUGCAUCGUCGUCGUUUUCCCGUCAGGUUUACAACACUGGCGCGAUUGAUCUCGCGCACGGACACACGUACGCGCUUUACCCAGAAUAUGCGCGUGUCGCGCGCACGAUCGUAAAAGGGAGCGAGCUCGAAAACGUAAACAGAACAUUUUCGUUCCCGCGAAUCGGCAUUCUCUCCCCUUCCUCCGGGAUAUGAGGGACCCCGCGGGUCAAAACAACAUCGUCCUCGGGAUCGCGGUGCUCUUGUGUGCUCGUCGCAUUCCCGAUAUCCGGAUCGAGUGUGCGUGCGGGAUACCGUGAAAAGUGCGAACGGCGCCAAUCAUUGGCCAGACCUCAACCCGUUGCGUGCCGUCCGCAUCUCUGUCUCUGUUCUUUUUCUCUCUCUCUUUCGCUCGCUCCUUUGAGCCGCCGACCUUCCCUCCGUCUCUGUUCUUCUUCUCUCGCGUGUGGGUUCGGGUUUAUGUUUGUGUUUGUGUGCGUUGGCGCGCGCGCACAGUUACCUAGGAUAUCCCCGACACCCGAGACGAGUCCGGGUAAGCGAAUUGCCUACGGUUUCCCACAGUUGUGUCUUGGCUGCUGCGGCGAUGACAUAUCGGACGGGAUUCCUAGACAGAGCCGCAUCGAGCUGAUAAAACUACCAAAUGUCUUGAAGUACGUUUGAUGCACGUCCGAUGUUUGACAAGAAUGCCUGAUAAAAUGAAUCAGUUGCACGAGCCAGAUGUUACAUCGGAACGAGUUGGGUGCCGAUUUGGAGUGAAGGUGUCUGACCACAUGCCGAUUUCGAAAUUCGGCAAUUUUGUGACGCACAACAAUUAUGUUGCGCCUAGAAGUGUUGUUUUUUUUGAGAACGAGGAAACUGUCGCGAGGACUUUAGGAAACGAGACGAAUAACUCGGCUCGUUUGCCACAGAACACUUUGCCGUCUCAUAGUGCCUAUUCAACCGAUCAGUGCUCGUCGAACGAAGAUAAUGACCGUCCCACGUGCAAUUGUAAUUGUGUAAGGAAUCAUCGAAAUCAAAAUUCUACGCGGAAGAGGAACACGAGAAGAGACCUUCACUUGUGUAUACCUUCGAUAAUGAAAUUCUGUUUUAAUAAAAUAUUUCAGUUAUCAAUUACACGAAGACAAGAUCAUCCGUGGAGAACCAGAUGGAUCUUCAUUGUCUUGAUUUAUCUCUUCGUUAUAAUAACAGCCAACGAAUGUGCAAUUGGAAUCGAAACAUCAGGAUGGACGGAGCCGCAAGGUGAUAUUAUUAUCAAAUAUGGUAACCCUCUGCAAAUUUUUUGUGUGUUAAACGAAGCGUACGUAGAGAAACAUUAUCCGGGCAAAAACUCUUCGGACCUCAUGUUCUAUCGCAACAGUAAAAUAAUGGAGCCUGAAUUUAUUACUAUAAUUAAUAGAACAACAAUAAUGUUGUACCAGGAGCUACCACCACCCAGUGAUGAUUUGUAUUAUUGUUUCUUGAAUUUAACCAAAGAAGGUGAAAAUCAAUCUAAGGAAGGUGUUUGUCUCAAUCAAGUCGUAAUUGGAUUUGAACCGAAAGCACCAAACAACUUUACUUGUAUAUCUCGUAAUUGGGAGAACAUUAAUUGCACAUGGGAUCCGCCACAAAACUAUGUCCACACAGAAUAUGAAUUAGCAUUCAAAUUGAACGGAGGUAGGAGAGGAGUACGAAGAGUCUAUCCUUGUCCUAAAGACUGUUCGAAUAAGACUUAUUGCUGUUGGACUCAAUACUCCAGUCCAAUGUACAGGCAAGCGUAUGAAAACUAUACGUUCAUGAUGCACAUUCAUAAUAAGUUUGGCAGCCUAAACGUCACAUAUAAGGUUGAUCAUUUUGCUCAAGUGAUUCCUGAAAAAGCUGUGAAUCUAUUGGUGCUUAAUAAAACGUCAAAUAGCGCACUGUUGCAGUGGAGUCUUCCCUUUCCAUUGCAGAGUUUUCCACCAGGUCUAACUUAUAAAAUUAUGUAUCAGAAUCAUUGGGAUAAAAUUAAAGAUUGGAAGGUUAUUAUUAUUGAUGCGGAGUCUCAAAAGCAUUCGCACAAGCCACAAUUCAAUCUUACUGGAUUGGAAUAUGCUAAUACCGUAUACGAUGUUCGCGUUUUCUUAAAAAGCGCUAAGGCUGUAGGAGAAAACAUGUACAGUGAUUUCAGUGUUAUUACGUUCAGAACAUUAUCAACGUUACCUAGUUUUCCACCGCGAACCGACAUUGGUAGUUUCGAAAUUAUCGAGAACAAUGGGCGCAGAGACGUAUAUUUGUAUUGGCAAACAAUACCGCAAACCUCUGAGAAUGGUGAUAAUUUUAAGUAUCAGAUCAAUUAUGUAGAGGAGAAUGGUCAUAAGAUAAUUAUCGAACCCAUUGAGAUGACCAGGACGUACGCCAAGUUUAAGGGACUCAGCUUCAACAAUUAUCGGUUUAGGAUCAUUUCGACGAAUAAAGUCGGCUUUAAUAAGAAUUAUACAGAAAUAUCUGUACCGAGUCGAAACGAGAUGCCACAUGAACCGAUAGCGUUCACGAAAAUGGCUUUUGAUAGAGGAUUGUACGAAUUAUCCUGGAAGCCGCCGAUCACAUAUAAAGAUACCACGAAUCCAAUCACGAAUUAUACCAUCUUUUGGUGCGAUAACGAGCGCGAUCGUCCUUAUCAGUGCACAGGUUUUUUGAAUUGGAUACACGUAUCCAAGACUACUACCGUCUACAACAUGACCGUACCGGAUCCGAACAAGGUGUAUCAAUUUGCGAUUUCCGCGAACUCGAAUAAGGGCAGCAGCGGCAUGAUAUGGUCCUCUUGUACGGUGAUUCAUACAAAGGUGCUCAGCAAAAUGAAAUCUGUGUGGAUCAAUCGUAUUGGAUCGGAUUUCAUCGAAGUCGGAUGGAAGCUCGAUUGUUCGGAUCGCAUCGGGAUUGUUGAAGGAUUCAAGAUUUAUUACUGUCCCAUCGUGUCACCGUUAGAUAGGGACAAGUGCAAAGAACCCAAAGAGAGCAUCGUCAUCAAAUCUUAUCCGCCCAAGAUUGGUGGCAUUGUUAGGAACUUGACACCCUACACUACGUAUAUGUUAGAAGUCGCGACGGUGACGAAAAAUGGCGAAAGUCAACCUAGCGAUCCUUUAUAUAACACCACCCUUGAAGGGGCACCGAGCACUUCGCCUUUGGACGUAAAAGUCACCAAUGUCACCAACACGACGAUGUUUAUCACAUGGAAGUCGCCGGGGGCGAUGAAUGGCGUGCUCAGAUACUACGAGGUCUACUAUAAUGAGCUCAUGAAAAAAGUGGAGGAAGCGAAUCAUAUCAGAUUGACGGGCUUGUUGGCAUAUACAGAGUAUAAUAUUAGUGUCGCCGCCUGUACUGUGGCGUGCAGUAAGAAAUCACCGAUAACAAAGCAACGUACGAAAAUUGGUAUUCCUGGUAAGAUUGGCAUGCCCAAAGUGCGCUUCAUAAACUCCAGCCAAGUGAUCGUCACAUGGGAUCCGCCACAAUAUCCUGCCGGUCCGAUAAAGCUAAUGUAUUACGAGAUAGAUGAUAGCUAUGGUGAAAUUCAGAAUGUCACUAAAAUGGAAGCGCAACUGUCCAUUCCUGAUUGCAAUACUGUUGAUCGAGAACAACAGUACAAAUUUCGAGUCAGAGCCGUUAACAUCAAUCCUAACAGAGAACGUUUAACAGGAUCCUGGUCCGACUACGGGGAAGGAUAUUGUUACGGUGAUGGAUUAUCACAAACAGUAGUAGUUAUUAUGUGGGUGAUUGGAGUUGUCAUCGCUGUAGCGCUCCUUUCGUGCUGUGGAUAUGGUGGAAAGAGGGCGAUGUUAAAAUAUCGAGAUAUGCAAAAUAUCGGAGUAAAAUUACCACCUGGCCUCACUUCAAACACGAAACUACUUCACAAAGGCGACGAGUCACAUAUACGACAACCGUCUGCCGAUUCGAGCGGCUGUUCGAGCGCCCAAGAAUCUGUCACUUCGUCUCUCACCACAACAGAAUUCCAAAUUUCUAGCGACAGUGGUACCGAGGUGGAUCCAGUUCCUGUGUCACCCGACAAACUGCUCGAGAACUUGUCAAACUGGGAGUUAAACUCUGCCGCCAGUCUACGACAAAGAAGUGUUUUACGAGGACCGGAGACUAUGUCUCACUGCCGGGAAUCAUACGUUCCGGUUAAAACCGCCGAUCCGCAUCUAAAUGAGAUUCUAUCUCUAGCGCGAUCCACUCCAAAUCUGACAGACAGUACGGGCUACACAGCGUCGCCGCAGACGUGGCCCAGCACCGGUUACAUCAGCAUGUUAUCUUCCGAAGAUUUGUCGGGCAAUCCGAGCCCCACAUCUCGAGGAAAUACUGCUGUCAACGUCGGUGGUUGUUACAGCGUCAUGGGUCUCGCUCGUAAACCCAUACAAGUUGAAGAAGACGGUGACGACGGUAUAGACAGUGCAGAAACCGUACACGAUACCUUGAUAUCGGUUAAAACGGGAGUGAAUCUCGCGAAUAAUUCGUAUGUGCCUUUUAUCAUGAAGAAAUCUAUGGAGAAGAAUAAUAAAGAGAGAGAGACUCUGAAAGAGAAACAGAAGGAAAAUUCAUCAACUAUCGACACUUUCAAAUUGGACGAGCUAGGGAUUCUCGUCGAUCCGGACAAGUUCGACGAGGAUGCAUUGAUGGCAAAUAUUACUGCUUCCGACAAGACGAUGACGACGUCCAAGCAGUGUUUCGCGACAAGUCCGACGUCGUUUACUCACACAAGCAUGAACACAUUACCGAAUCUUUCAACCUCGUUAACCGACACCUCGACUUCGUUAACCGACACAAUUUCGUCUUCAUUAACCGAUACCAUCCCGAUCGAUGCUACCUUGACGAAGCCGCAUGUCAGCGAUCGAAGAUCGGCACUCUCUGAUACAUCGAGAUUGCUGACUCGUCCUAUGAAGAAAAAUAAAGAAGCGUUCAAAGUGCAGAAGACGUCCCACAAUUCAAGUGAAAGUUUUUCGAAACCUGCACAGCAACAACAGCAGCAAGAGAAAAUGGAGCUUCCAUCUAUGAACAUAAUGGAGGAUAUCAAAGAGAUGGAAGAUUUCAAAGAGGAUUUGUCUGCUAUAUCUUGGAACGCGACGACGAAGGGGAUGGAUGAAAAGAAGCCGAGUACGAGGCUGAAUCCGAACAGGACACAUCCAAUCGUCAUAAAGCAGAGCGGUACCGGCUAUGUUACCAUUGUCGAGAACCCCAAUUCUGCGAUGCUGCAAAAGACAGCAAGCAACCAGUCGGAUGAGCAGUAUAGCAAAGUGACAGUUGUACCAAAUACGAUGCAGUGAAAUGAAGAGAGAGAGAGAAAGGCGCAUACUCGUUUUUCUUUCUUUCUCCUUGAGAACAAUUAUUACCAACUGCGUAGACGAAUGAAGUAAAUAAUGGUAAGAUAAGAUUCAAUAAGAUAAUGUAAAAUAAGACUUAAUAAGAUA